AUGGAGCUGUGGAAGCAAUGCGCCAACUGGCUGAUCCAGUGCCGGGUGCUGCCCCCCAACCACCGGGUGACCUGGCCCGGCGCCCAGGUGUGCGAACUGGCUCAGGCCCUGCGCGACGGCGUCCUGCUCUGCCAGCUUCUCAACAACCUAAUGCCCCACGCCGUCAACCUGCGGGAGAUCAACCUGCGGCCCCAGAUGUCCCAGUUCCUGUGUCUCAAGAACAUCCGCACCUUCCUCUCCACCUGCUGCGAUAAGUUCGGCCUGCGCAAGAACGAACUCUUUGAAGUCUUCGAUCUCUUCGACGUGCGGGAUUUCGGGAAGGUGAUCGAGACCUUGUCGAUUCUCUCAUGGACUCAGGUAGCUCAAUCCAAAGGGAUCAUGCCCUUCCCCACCGAGGACAGCGUCGCGGACAACGACAUUUAUGGUGACCUUUCGGAUCAGAUUGAUGACACGGUGGAGGAAGAUGACGACCUGUACGACUGCGUGGAGAAUGAGGAGGCGGAAGGAGAUGAAAUCUACGAAGACCUGAUGAGGUCGGAGCCGGCUGUCAUGCCACAGAAGAUGACAGAGCUGGAUAAGCGGAACUGCUGCCUUCAAGAAAUCAGACAGACGGAGGAGAAAUACACAGACACACUAGAAUCCAUCUACCAGGAAUGCUCCCAGCGAGCCAACAAUGGGCGCUUCACCCUGCGUGACCUGCUGAUGGUGCCCAUGCAACGGGUGCUGAAAUACCAUCUGCUACUGCAGGAGCUGGUGAAACAUACGGUGGAGCCGACAGAAAAGGAGAACUUGCGGCUGGCGCUGGAUGCCAUGCGGGACCUGGCACAGUGCGUGAACGAGAUCAAGAGAGACAAUGAGACCCUGAAACAGAUCACCAACUUCCAGCUUUCCAUAGAGAAACUGUCACAGUCCCUGGCUCAGUAUGGGAGGCCGAAGAUUGACGGGGAGCUAAAGGUCACCAGCUCUGAGAAACGCUCCAAGACGGACAGGUACGCCUUCCUCCUGGACCAAGCCCUGCUCAUUUGCAAGCGGAAAGGGGACUCCUACGAGAUGAGGGAUUUCAUCGACCUCCACACUUACCAGAUCCGGGACGACCCCUUGGGAGAAAAGGACAAUAAGAAGUGGACUCACAUGUUCCACCUGAUCUGUAGUUAUGGGACCCAGGGCUACGAGCUCUUCUUCAAGACGCGAGAGCUGAAGAAGAAGUGGAUGGAGCAGUUUGAAAUGUCCAUCUCCAAUAUCUACCCCGAAAACGCCACGUCCAAUGGCCACGACUUCCACAUGCACUCCUUCGAGGAGAAUGCGUCCUGCAAAUCCUGCCAGAUGCUGCUCAGGGGCACGUUCUACCAGGGCUAUCGCUGCAGCCGAUGCAAAGCCCCAGCUCACAAGGAGUGUCUGGGCCGGGUAUCCCCCUGCGGGAAGUCGAGCUCAGAUUAUGGGUCUACGCUGAAAAAGAAUAAAUCCAACCGACACACGCAGGAGAGAAAGAAGAACGAACUUGGGCUGCCCAAAAUGGAGGUUUGCCAGGAGUAUUACGGGCUGCCCCCGCCACCCGUGGCAUUUGGCCCAUCGCUGCGACUCAGCAUGGGGGACAUUGUGGAGCUGACCAAAGCCGAGGUGGAGCAGCUCUGGUGGGAGGGCAGAAACACAUCCACGAAUGAGAUCGGCUGGUUCCCAUGCCAAAAAGUCAAACCGUAUGUGUGUAAUCCUCCCCCAGAUUUUUCUGUUUAUCUUUGGUACGCGGGACCUAUGGAGAGAGCAGAGGCGGAGCAAAUCCUCACGAACCGUUCAGACGGCACGUUCCUGGUGCGGCAGAGGGUCAAGGACGCGGCAGAGUUUGCCAUCAGCAUCAAGUUUAACGUAGAAAUCAAACACAUCAAGAUCCUGACGUCGGAGGGGCUGUACCGCAUCACGGAGAAGAAGGCGUUCAAAGGACUCAUAGAGCUGGUGGAGUUUUACCAGCACAACUCCCUGAAAGACUGCUUCAAAACCCUCGACACCACGCUGCAGUUCCCGUUCAAGGAGCCCGAGCGGAGGGCCAUCUCCAGACCUCCCGCAGGAGGACUGAAGUACUUUGGGUCGGCGAAGGCUCGCUACGAUUUCUGCGCGCGGGACCGGACGGAGCUGACGCUCAAGGAGGGCGACAUCAUAAAGAUCCUGAGCAAGAAAGGGGCAGCAGGGUGGUGGAAAGGGGAGAUCUACGGCGGAUCCCUAGGCCCAGCGCCCCCUCGCCCGGACACCUCCCCCGCAGAUCCCUACGCCCGGCGCCCCCUCGCCCGGACACCUCCCCCGCAGAUCCCUACGCCCGGCGCCCCCUCGCCCGGACACCUCCCCCGCAGAUCCCUACGCCCGGCGCCCCCUCGCCCGGACGCCUCCCCCGCAGAUCCCUACGCCCGGCGCCCCCUCGCCCGGACGCCUCCCCCGCAGAUCCCUACGCCCGGCGCCCCCUCGCCCGGACGCCUCCCCCGCAGAUCCCUACGCCCGGCGCCCCCUCGCCCGGACGCCUCCCCCGCAGAUCCCUACGCCCGGCGCCCCCUCGCCCGGACGCCUCCCCCGCAGAUCCCUACGCCCGGCGCCCCCUCGCCCGGACGCCUCCCCCGCAGAUCCCUACGCCCGGCGCCCCCUCGCCCGGACGCCUCCCCCGCAGAUCCCUACGCCCGGCGCCCCCUCGCCCGGACGCCUCCCCCGCAGAUCCCUACGCCCGGCGCCCCCUCGCCCGGACGCCUCCCCCGCAGAUCCCUAUGCCCGGCGCCCCCUCGCCCGGACGCCUCCCCCGCAGAUCCCUACGCCCGGCGCCCCCGGACCCGCUAUGCCCAGCAGCCCCUGCCCAGAGACCCCUCCCCCUGA